CGCGACGUGUUCUACCGCGUUCACUUUCACCUCCGCGUUCCCAAACGUAUUCGCCCCACCCCCCUUAUCCUUUUUUUCUCGAUCAAACAUGGAUCUUGGCAGCGAUCAUUUUUCCAGCAAUCUUUUGGCUUCUUCUCAAGUUGCUCCACUUGAGGGCGUGCCACCCUCGACACCUGCCAACAUGGAGGUCGAUGCUGGUGAACAGACACAAGCUGAAGCUCCUAAUCAGGCACGUCGCAUCAACCCUUUUAACACUGGCACCGUUACCAAGGUCGUCGAUGAACUGGCUGAGAGUGUCAAGGAAGCCUUUGUUAAAUUCUUGGAAAAUUUCCGCGACAACAGUGCAUCGUACAUUAGCAGCAGCGCUCAAAGUGCUUAUCAAGGCCGCACUUACAUGAUGCAAAUCGAACAGCUCCAGUACAACGAAAUGCAAACUGUGUUUGUCGAUUAUGCUCACGUACAAAGUGCCGACGAAGGUUUAGCAACUGCUCUGAAACAACAAUACUACCGCCUUUCUCCUUAUCUUCGCCGCGCCGUUCAGGACGUCGUCCAACGCCACUUCCCACAGUACGCACACGCCAACACAACAUCGACCGAACCUGUGGCAGGUGCCAUUUUACGUGAGUUCGCAGUAUCGUUCUAUGGCGUUUCUGAUUUCGCACGUGUGCGUAAGCUCAAGACUGAAAAGAUUGGCCAGUUGAUCACCAUUAGCGGUACAGUGACGCGCACAACCGAAGUGCGUCCCGAGCUGGUGUAUGGUUCGUUUACGUGUAAUGAGUGUGGCAAGGUCAUGAACGAUAUUGAACAACAGUUCCGAUACACUGAGCCCACCAUGUGCCAAGGUCUUCAGUGUUUCAACCGUCAGCACUGGACUCUGAACGUCGAACAAUCCAAAUUCGUCGAUUGGCAAAAGGUCCGUAUCCAAGAAAAUUCGAGCGAAAUUCCCACUGGCAGUAUGCCCCGCAGUAUGGAUGUGAUUGUUCGAGGAGAAAUGGUCGAGCGUGCAAAGGCUGGUGACAAGUGCAACUUUGUGGGUACUUUGAUUGUGGUUCCUGACGUUGCUGCAUUCCGAACGCCCGGCACCUCGGUCGAAUCACAGCGUGAUACCAGCACACGUACGCGCGAAGGUCUUGGAAAUGAAGGUGUCACUGGUUUGAAGUCGCUCGGUGUUCGUGAUCUGACUUACCGCAUGUCGUUCCUUGCAUGCAUGGUCCAGCCUGCUACCCAACACAAGUCGUCAACUGCCCAUAUGCACGGUGAUGAUGUCGACAAUGAAAGCCGUGAACAAGUUUUGAACGACUAUACACACGAUGAGAUUGAGCAGCUUAAGAGCAUGAUUGAUUUGAACAGUGAUGUUUAUCCUAAGCUGGUCAACAGUAUCGCACCCAACGUAUUCGGUCAUGACACAAUCAAGAAGGGUAUUUUGCUGCAACUCAUGGGUGGUGUUCACAAAGAAACACCCGAGGGUAUGAGUCUUCGUGGUGAUAUCAACGUCUGCGUUGUCGGUGACCCAAGUACAAGUAAAAGUCAGUUCCUCAAAUACGUGUGCGGUUUUAUGCCUCGAUCUGUAUACACAUCCGGCAAGGCUUCUAGUGCGGCUGGUUUGACAGCUGCUGUAAUCAAGGAUGAAGAAACGGGAGAAUUCUCUAUUGAAGCUGGUGCACUCAUGCUUGCUGAUAACGGUAUCUGUGCUAUUGAUGAAUUCGACAAGAUGGAUAUCAAAGAUCAGGUUGCUAUUCACGAAGCUAUGGAACAACAGACUAUUUCUAUUGCAAAGGCCGGUAUCCAAGCCAGCUUGAAUGCUCGUACCAGUAUUUUGGCAGCAGCCAAUCCUCAGCAUGGUCGAUACGAUCGUAAGAAAACACUCAAGGCCAAUAUCAACAUGUCAGCACCCAUUAUGUCACGUUUCGAUUUGUUCUUUGUUGUGUUAGAUGAAUGCAACGACGUGACAGAUUAUAACAUUGCUCGCCAUAUCGUCAAUGUUCAUCGCUUGAAGGACGACUACAUACAACCUGAAUUUAGCACUGAACAACUCCAAAGAUACAUUCGCUUUGCCCGUACAUUCAAACCUAAGAUGACCCCUGAAGCAGCAGAAAAGCUUGCACACUGUUAUCGCGAUCUUCGACAAGGUGAUGCACAGGGAAUCGGCAAAAACUCGUACCGUAUCACUGUCAGACAGCUUGAGAGUAUGAUUCGUCUCUCCGAAGCUAUUGCAAGAGCACAUUGUCAAGAAGAGAUCACAGUAAGCUUUGUAGUUGAAGCAUACCACCUCCUUCAGAAAUCCAUCAUUCGUGUGGAACAAGACGAUGUUGAUAUUGAAGAUCCUUUUGGCGGAUCCAACAAUGUGGUUUCGAGCGCAGAAGCUUUGGAAGGAAUGCAGCGACUCAAUAUCCACGAGGCUGCUGAAGCAAGAGAAGGGUCAGCAGCAGCAGAAGGAGAAGACAACAUGCAAGUGGAAGAACCAUCUGGAGAAACGCGUCAAAGAAUCCGUAUCGAUUAUGACAAGUUUGUACAGAUUAAACUUAUGCUUGCACACAAGCUGCGAACUAUUCAAUCCACAGAAGAUUCUGUCGGUAUUCGUAGAAGUGAACUUGUACUGUGGUAUCUUGAAGAGCGUGAAGACCAAUUGCAAUCGAUGGAGGAUUAUGAACAAGAAAAGACCAUCAUCGAAAAGGUUAUCAUGAAGCUUUCGAAACCUGAACACGAAACGCUGCUUGAAGUUUAUCAGAGUGAUGAGUUUGGUGUAGGAUCUACCGCUGAAGAUGGUGAAGAAGACGCACCAGCAGGAUCAGCAGACGAUCCUCUCAUCAUGCUGCAUCCUAACUGUGUGUUGCUUGAGUAAUUCUACUUUAUUAUCAUUUUUUAAAACAAAAAACGAGGCAUCAUCUCUCUCUCUCUCUCUCUCUUUGCAUACUUUGGUCUCUCCUAAUAAUUCUGUAUAUAUUCAACUCUCUUUCUUGUAAUGCCCGCAAACACCCCAUUUCAAAAAAAGAAGACAAAAUAAAGCUAAACUUACCAUUUAAAUU